AAAAAGAACGCUGGUCCAGAAAAGACAUCAGUGUGGCUCGGUGUGGUGUAGUGUCUAAACAUGAAGCAGUACAUCGUGGCAGUGUUUGCUUUAUGCACAAUUUGUGCAUAUGCACAGGACAGUAAUUCGUAUUAUGGAAGUGUUCGUGAAGUAUUUAGUAUCUAUCAGGAAUGUUCGCAUUCUGAAGGAUUAUCGCCAUGUCUGAAGAUGAAGGCCCUUUCCCUUAUCGACAGGGUGAGUCGAAUGGAAAAUAUUGCCCUUAUGGAUGGUGUGGUGAUUAAAGGAAAAACCGACGAAAAACCAAAUGCACCCACUUUGGAGGAGGAAGAAAAAAGUCUGCCCAGAAGUCUAGAUGAAAAAAGCUCAGCCCUUACUAGCAUGAUUUUCAACAGAAUCGCUCGAAUAAUUGGUUCGAAAUCUAUUGAAGUUUCCAUCCCUAAACUCAUAGAGUCAGCCAGAGGAAAGGGAGAUGAUUCCAAAUUUGGAGACAUUGGUGAUCUGUUUGGAGGCGGUGGCGGCGGUGACAAAGGACAUGGAGGCGGCGGCGGUGGCGGCGGCAAAAUGAAGUCCAAGAAGAAGAAGGGAGGCGACGACCUUAAGGACUUCAUGAUGAUGCUUUUCGCCCACAAACUAGCCAUGUUGCCCCUACUAGUGGGCGGUUUGUUUAUUUUGGCUGUUAAGGCUCUAACGCAAGCUAAAAUUGCCCUUCUCAUUGCCGGAAUUAUUUUCGCGAAGAAAAUGUUGGCCAAUAGGAACCAGGGCGCCGAACAUGUUGAACAUGUACAAGCAUCUGGCUGGAAUGGAGGCGGCCAUGGGGCCGCUGCAGGAUGGAGCGGAGCAGCAGGUGGUGGCGGCUGGGACGGAGGUUGGGAUAAACGGUCCCUCGAAGAAGCUCAAAACUUAGCCUACCAGGGGCAAAAGCCCUAAAUCCCGGCCAUUGUUUCCAUAGAGAAGCUAGAACGGCCAAAAUGUUAUUCUUUGUGUACCUCAUUUAUUUAAUCAUCUAGUCGUCCCUAUCUUAUCCUUUCGCGCUUUAUGGCAUGGACACUACACCAUGUCAGCUCUUCUGUUUAGUUGCCCUGUAUGUUGCACGAAAGCCAUCAUCUCCUUUCUCGUGUACCUAAUUUCUUCAAAUAUUUCCACUUAAUUGCCAUAAAACCAUUCAAAAUCGCCGUGCCUAAUCUUCUCUAUCAAGCGAACAUUCUCGUAAUGUGCGCCUAUUUGACCGAUUUUUUGGUCAUAAGAUAGCAUGACUGUAAAUUGUUUUAUUUAUUUUAGUGCACAAUUACUGGCUUGGACAGUAACUGUUGUUAUAGUUAAUUUAUUUUUGAUGUGUUACUUUCUUGAAAGCAAUAAAUUAUUUAUUUGAUA